UUUUUUUUCCUUUAUUAAUAUUGUUUUCUAGAGAUACACUAUUUAUUUCAUAUUCCUUGAACCUACCUAAACUCAUAAAAAGGACCAAAGGGAGUGGUCGUAUAUAUUUAAUUAGAAAGAAAUAAUUACCAAACUCCGAGAUCUUUGCGUGGUGUGUAGUUAAUGGGGCUUGACCACAAAGAAAUCUUUGCAUGCCAAUAUUAUUUAUGGUAUUUCACAUACCACGCCAAGAGGUUUCAUAAAUGUCACCAAAAAAAAGAAAAAAAAAUUGGAGGAACUAAACGAAAUUUCAUAAACUUAAAUAUUGUUAGUUGGAUCACUCUUUAGACCUAUGUAAAGAAAAUGAGUUUUUGUUUGAGUAAAAACCAUAACUUCCAUAUAAAAAUGUGUUAUUAUUUAUAAAGUAUUUGAGAUAAUAUAUCCGUAUAAUUAGUGUAGUAUUUGGUUUUCCUUUAUUAAUACCGGAAACCAAAUUGUAUAUUUAUACAGGAGUAUUUCAGUAUAGUGUACAGGAACAUGUUAUGUAUGAUAGAAUUUGGAUAACAAACCAAUUACUAUAAAUAAACUUAUAAUUAUUCACCGCAUGUUAUGUGUGUUAGAAUUUGGAUAACAAACCAAUUACUAUAAAUACAUUUAUAAUUAUUCGCCGCAUAAUAAUUCAUACGUUUUAAUUCAUUCCACAUAAAAAAAAAAAUCAUACUAUAGGAAAAAAUAAUUUGAUAAACUAAGUUAUUUUUUUCCUUUUCUAGACACUAUUUCUUCAUGCAAACUAAUCUUCCUACGUGGUUGGGUGGUUAGUGGUUAGUGGGGUUGGGGUUGAGUGGGGUUAUGGGAUAUAAUGAGCUAUAAAUAGACAAAUCCUCCAAAUUUAACUUCCACAAAUCCACACUUUUUUCCCCUAAUUACUCAUCACUAAACUCUUUGUUUCUUCUUCUAAUUCCAAUGGCUGUCAUGCAUAACCAUCCUUAUUUUCUCCUUGCACUCUUCAUGUUCAAAGCAAUUGCUAUUUCCGCCACGCAAUUUACACUCCAAAACAACUGCGGUUACACAGUUUGGCCCGGUACACUUUCCGGCAACGGAGUAUCCAUCUCCGGCGAUGCUGGCUUUGCAUUAACCCCCGGCGCCACCAUCCAGCUCACCGCUCCCGGUAGCUGGUCCGGCCGAUUCUGGGGAAGAACCGCCUGCACUUUCGACGAUUCCGGCAAAGGCAGCUGCAAAACCGGCGAUUGUGGCGGCGCAUUAAAAUGCCCCGCCGGCGCCGGCGGCGUACCGCCAGUAAGUCUCGUCGAAUUCACCAUCGGUAAUACCAGAGAUCAAAAGGACUUUUACGAUGUUAGCCUUGUUGACGGAUACAAUGUCGGCAUCGGCGUCCGUCCAACCGGAGGUUCCGGUGACUGCCAGUACGCCGGCUGCGUUACUGAUCUCAAUAUAAAUUGCCCGAAGGAACUACAAGUGGUAAACGAAAACGGAGUGGUUGUCGCGUGUAAGAGCGCGUGUGCACAAUUCAACACGCCGGAGUAUUGCUGCACCGGCGAACAUGCAACGCCGGCGACUUGCUCGCCGACGGAUUAUUCGAAGAUGUUUAAAAAUGCUUGCCCUACCGCUUAUAGCUAUGCAUAUGAUGAUGCUUCAAGUACAUGUACUUGUGCUGGUGCUGAUUAUAUUAUCACAUUUUGUCCAACUAGUACAUAAAUUUGUAUUUGUAUUUUUUUUAAUAUUUUUUUUAUAUUAUUGUUUACCACAAAGUGGAGUAUUGUUUUUUGUAAUCUCCAUUGAUUUAUAAGCAUUUUGAUUAAAAAAAUGUUUUUAUCAUGAUA